AUGUUUGACUUCUCAGACGUCAUAUAUCUCCUGAAUGGCAGGAUGCUUGUCUUUUAUUCUUAUCAGAUUGGUGUGGACUUAGUCCUCGAGGUAGUCACCUGUCCUGAUGGAGAACGGGAACCUGUCUGACACCAUGAAAAAAGUUGGACUUAUUGGAGUGUUACUCUUAGCCCAGGCAAAGUCAUUAUCAGGUUGUCAUCCUCAUGUCAAUCUUGUGAAAGAAGAGGAGAAAUGCAUCAAGGAUUUGCAGCUGAUUCGGUCACCAGAAGGUCCAUCAGAAAGCAACACCAGUGGACACUGUAGAGGAAUGUGGGAUGGCCUGAACUGCUGGCCAUCUGCUUCUCUUGGACAAACUGUCUCUCAGCCUUGUCCAAACCAUGAGUUUUUCAGUUCAGAAGGUAAAGUGCAUCGCAACUGCACCUCCAACGGCUGGUCAGACCCACUGGUCCCUCAUGAAGAAUCUUGCAACUACACUUUUAACGAGACACUCCACUUUCUCGGGGAGUCCUCAGAUUAUCAUUUGUACUUCUCCUACGUGAAGACCAUGUACACAGCAGGAUAUACUCUCUCUCUCAUCUCUCUCACCAUCGCUAUCACUAUAUUCUGUCUGUUCAGAAAGCUUCAUUGUACCAGGAACUACAUUCACAUCCAGAUGUUUAUCUCUUUCAUCCUGAGAGCCGUCUUCAUCUUCAUCAGGGACUCUCUGCUAUUCACUAAUGAAGAGCUCUACCAUUGUGACUACGCGGUGGCAUGUAAGGUCGUGGUGAUAUUUUCCAACUACUCCAUCCUGGCAAACUACAGCUGGCAGCUGGCUGAGGGUCACUUUCUCUUCACUCUGGUGAGCCGCUCCUUCUUCUCCCUGAAGAAACACCUGGCCUGGUACAUCGCUCUGAGCUGGGGGUUACCUGUGGUUGUUAUCGUCUCCUGGGGUUGUUCCAAGUACUUUUAUGAAGAUGAAGGCUGUUGGGAAUCUAGGAGACAUGAAUGGAUUUGGUGGAUACUUCGGGUGCCUGUUCUUCUGACAAUAUCUGUCAAUCUCGCCUUUUUCUUGGGAAUUUUGAGGAUACUGAUGAGCAAACUCCGAAUGCCAGAUGCUCAGUGGAAUGAAUUCAGCCAGUAUAAGAGGCUGAUCAAGUCCACAUUCUUUCUGGUGGCUCUCUUUGGUCUGCAUUACAUCCUGUUUGUUUUCUUACCUGUUGAAGUGAGCAGCUCAGUGUUUCUGAUAUGGACCUUUGCGGAGCUGGCUCUGUCAUCCACACAGGGUUUUGUGGUUGCUGUGCUCUACUGCUUCAUGAAUGGAGAGGUGCAGCAUGAGUUUCAGCGCAGAUGGAGGAGGUGGAAGUUGACUCAACACCUCCCCAGUCGGCGCAGGCAGCACCGCGGCUCCAUCAGCCACAGUGCUGCACCUCACACACAGGUCACACUGCUGCCCUGCUCUACAGGCAGUCCAACACCCACUGGAUUUAAAGAGACAUACACCAAAACGGAGUGUUCUGAGAGAGCUGGGUCACAAAUCUCCUCUGGAAACAGAUGUUUGAUUUAGACCACAGGGGACUGUAUACAAUGUCCUCUUUUAGAUAGAAAGAAGCAGCAGCAUGUGAAAUAAAUGACUAAUGGUGUAUAGCAAAGCUUUAUUGAUACUGUACAAUGCAUUUCUGACAAAUAGACCCUAUAUACCAUAUUUUUUCUUCAGGUUCUCCACCCAAACAACAUAUGCAGCCAUGGCUUCAUCUUUGGACAGACCUGUUGUUGUAGAAAUAGAAACAAUGAGGGGAUUUAUACAGAUACAGAUCUAUACACAGAUACAUAUCCUAACACAAAUAUGGUAGCGCAAACAUAAGAUAAUACCGUUUAUAUUUUUGCCAUAUAUAUAUAUAAACAAACAUCUUUCCCUUUGAACAAAAUGUAAAGGCCUAUAUUUAUUCGAUCUCAGGCUGAUUUAUUUUAUUAUUCAUUUCAGAGUUAUAUACAAAUGUACCUUUUUUGCAAUUCCAUGCAUCCCACUUUUUCUGUCCUGGGAAGUCAAAAAUCCCCGGACGCGCUGAGGAUGUAAAAAUAAAUUGUUAUUCUGGCGAUGCAACAGGUAACAAAUGAUUUUUCUUCAAGGAAACGUCAAACUACUUGAAAACACAACAUUUUAUUCUGGGAAUUAAAAAAUAAUUUCAGAACAAUUUCCUAGCAUAAAGUAUGAUACAGUAUGACAUUUUAAAAUGCUCUCAAUUUUAAGGACAGCAUCCCUUUGUGCUUCAGCUUUUAAAAACUUUUAAAAUUGGUUUCAAGACAGGACAAAUGUAUCUUGGGAUGACAAUUAAAAACAGAUAUUUAGUUCAAA